AUGAAAGAUAACCACGUUAAUGAGGAACCUAUCGUUACCUUAGAACCUUUUGUUCCCGAAGAAGAGUUAGAGGAGAACCUUCUACAAGAAAAUCCUGGUGCAACUGUUGAUUUCAAACUCAUUAUAGAUAACAUCUGUAUUCGGUCAGAAAUGGAGAAAUGGCGUCGAACAUCAAAAUACAUUGAAGAGAUUCAUAAACAGGAUUUAUUGCGCUACAAUAUUAUCGAUACGAUUAGUUCAUCCGGGACAAAAGCACGAGGGCUCUUUAAACAUCAAUGGGACGAUAUAAUUAGCAAUAUAGAGAAGUUUUUGGUGUCUCCAUAUACAACUCUGCUAUCUUCAGAUUUUGACUCCGUUUCAGAUUCAGAUGAUCAAGACAUUAAUCCUUUGCAAAUUGAUAAUGAUAAUACCAUGAUUGCAAAUGUAGAAGUCUCACCUCCUCAAAAGAAGAAUUAUAAUAAUUAUAAUUAA